ACUUUGUCUCUCUUUUCUUCUUUUAUAUACUUUGUUUCCUUCCUCCUUCUGUUUUGACCGUUGCUUUUUCUCUGUUCACACACACACAUUUCUCUCUCACUGAUUCCUUCUCCACUUUCAUCAUCCAAACGCUGUCGUUUCCCUUCACCUCCUUGGUGUCUGGUGCUCUUCUCCCUUCCAUCAUUCUUCAUAACUAAACUCAUCGCUAAUGUGUGUUUCUCGCUUUUUUUUUUCUUUGUCCUAAUGCUUCUUCUCUCUUUGUUUGGCUCUUAGAAGCAAGAAACUGAAAAAGGGUGUCAUGGAAAACUUUGUCUUCCUUAAAAUGGAUUUAUGAUUUCUUUAUGAAUCUGGUGUGGCAUAGAGAAAAGUUCUCUUUAAGUCUCCAUUUCAAUGCAAGCUUGAGGCGUUCAUUCAUAGGGGGCUAAGAAGAGAUGGGAUGUUCACAUUCAAAGUUGGAUGAUGAAGAGUCAGUUCGGCUUUGUAAAGACAGAAAGAAGUUCAUCAAGCAAGCUGUUGAACAAAGGACUCGAUUUGCCACAGGACACAUAGCAUACAUAGAAUCACUGAAAAGGGUUUCAGCAGCACUUCGUGAUUACAUUGAAGGCGAUGAGCCUCGUGAGUUCUCAUUAGAUACGGUCAUCACACCACCUUUCACACCUGUGAAGAAGAAAACUGGCCCAGGAUUUAUUCCCAUAUCAGCAAAGCCCUUCACAACAGCAACAGCAAUUGAGUUCGGGGUUGGACCAAACUCUACUUUGAAAGUGAAUUACCUUAGGCCUGGUGGUAACCCUGCAAUUUCAGUUGAGGAAAGGCCUCAAUCCCCCGAAAGGGUUCGGGUUGAGACGUAUUAUUCUCCAAUGCAGCAGUAUCAGCAGUAUGGCAUUGAUGGUUUUUUCAACAUGCAAUCCUCACCAGUGAAUCCCUCAAUUUUUGCUUACUCUCCCAAUGAUAGGCCUAAUAUCCCUCCCCCUUCACCUCAAGCUUCCCAAUGGGACUUCUUUUGGAACCCCUUUUCAUCAUUGGAUAGUUAUGGUUAUCCUGCAAGAAGUAGCCUUGAUCAGACUGCUAUGGAUUAUGAAUACAGGGGACUUAGGCAGGUUAGAGAAGAAGAGGGAAUACCAGACCUGGAAGAAGAUGAAACUGAACAAGAAGAUUGUGUUGGGAAGAGAAAUGAAGCAGAAAAAAGAACUAGACAUGAUAUAAAUUCUUCCAAAGAAGAAGUUAUUGUUGAAGAUGUUGAUGACGAGGACGAGGACGAGGAUGAGGAUGAGGAUGAGGACGAGGAGGAUGAGGACGAAGAAGAGGAGGGAACAGACAUUGAAGAUGAAACUGAAACUGAGCAUGAUGCCAAAGGUUCACAAGCUCAUGGUGGUGCAAGUUUUGAAGUGUCAAAAUCUCAAGCUGCAGGUCAUAUUGAAUCAAGCCACAGGGAAAUGGCAAUUGGUAAGAAGGAAUCUGGGGAAGAAACACCAGGUUUUACUGUUUAUGUAAACCGAAGGCCAACAAGCAUGGCAGAAGUGAUUAAUGAUCUUGAAACUCAAUUCACAAUCGUCUGCAAUGCAGCCAAUGAAGUCUCAGCACUAUUAGAGGCCAAGAAAUCUCAGUAUUUAUCGACAUCUAAUGAACUUUCAGCAUCAAAGUUGUUGAACCCAGUAGCUUUGAUCCGCUCUGCUUCUUCACGCUCUUCUUCAUCAAGAUUUUUAGUUAAUUGUUCAAGCACUAGCAAGGAAGGUUGUGAAGGAACUAAAGGUCUCUCAGAGGAACAUUGUAUGUUAUCUGGUAGUCACCACUCCACUUUAGACAGAUUAAAUGCAUGGGAGAAGAAGCUAUAUGAGGAAGUCAGGUCUGGAGAACGUAUCAGAAUUGCGUAUGAGAAGAAAUUGAAGCAACUCAGGAACCUUGAUAUAAAAGGAGAGGACCCCUCUUGUGCAGAUAGAACAAGAGCAGCCAUUAGAGAUCUAGAUACCCAGAUUACAGUUUCAAUACACUCGGUUGAAGCUAUUUCAAGGAGAAUCGAAACUCUAAGGGAUGAAGAGUUGCAUCCCCAACUUCUUGAAUUGGUGCAAGGGCUGGAAAAGAUGUGGAAAGUGAUGGCAGAAUGCCAUCAGACACAGAAGAGAACCUUAGAUGAAGCUAAGAUUCUUCUAGCUGGCACUCCUUCUAAAUCACAUUCCAGAAAACAGUCUUCCAUGUCAAUGACUGAUCCAAGCAGGCUGGCGCGUUCAGCCUCGAAUCUUGAAUUCGAGUUAAGGAACUGGAGAAACACCUUCGAGUCAUGGAUCACUUCUCAAAGAUCCUACAUUCAGGCCUUAACAGGAUGGCUUCUUCGAUGCAUGAGAUCCGAACCUGACGUGUCAAAGUUACCAGGCUCUCCUCACCGGUCCAGUGGCACUCACCCUUUGUUUGGACUCUGCAUUCAGUGGUCGAGGCGCCUAGAUGCCAUACAUGAAAAGGCAGUGCUUGAAGGCCUAGACUUUUUUGCAGCUGGGAUGGGGUCCCUCUAUGCACAUCAGUUAAGAGAAGAUUCAAGGAGAAACUCAUAUGGAUCAAAACAAAGCAAUGGCAUGGAAAUGGUGGAAGUUGGUGAGGUGGAAGAGGUAAUGGCUCCAGAGAAGCUGGCUGAAGUGGCUAUUAAGGUGCUUUGUGCUGGAAUGUCUGUUGCUAUUAGCUCACUGGCUGAGUUUGCUUUGGAUUCUGCUGACGGGUACAAUGAAGUUGUUAAGCAAUGGAACAAUGUGAAGUGUCAAAAUACUACUUCUAGUGAGACAAGAACAUAGUGUCUUACAUUUUGUGUUACUUAGUUUAGGCUUGUUUAACAAUGGGUGUGUCUGAGAAUGUAAUUAUGUAUUUAACUAACCAAUACAAAAGGUAGAAUAGCAAGGGCAAUUGCACCCAAUAUUGAUAAAAUGGAUUUUCUUUUUUUACUUUUUAUGUCAAUAGAUCCCUCGGUUUCUAAAAUC